AUGGGUGAUUGUGUUGGUAUUGAUAACCAACAAUUUGUCGAGAUUUUUGAAAAGGAAUUAAUUAAGUUUAAAGAACAAAUUGAAGAAGGAAAGAAAAAAGGAAGAAUAGAAUUAAAUCCAGCUACUGUUCAAUUAUUUAAUGGAUUAACUAAUCCAUCUUAUGGAACAAUGGACACGUUACAAAAUGAAUUUGAACAAAUUAAAAAAAUAUUAAUAAAAGGGAAUGAAGAAGAAUUAGAGAGUCCAGAAAUAGUAAGAACAGAAAUACCGAUAUUACCAUUAUUUUUCCUUCAAUACUGUGCAAUUGAAGAGCUUCAAUUUGAAAAAUUAAGAUAUCAAUUAGAAGUUAAUAAAUAUAAUAUUCCAGAAGUAUUAAUUACAUUGUCAUUAGAUAAAGUUAAAAUUGAUAAUCUUAGAGAAUUUUUAGUUAGUGGAGGAAGUGUGGUUUGGAAAAAAUUACAGUAUUUAACAAUUUCAAAUGCAGGUAUUAGAUCAAUAGAUGAUGGAUUAUUUAUUGAAGACUUUUUCCCAGAAUUAUUAUUACUUGAUCUUAGUAAUAAUGAAAUUGAAGUAUUAGAAAAUAUUGGUGAAAGACCAUUAGAACAUCUUAAGUUAAAUAAUAAUAAAAUAGCAUCAAUUAGAUUAACAGUAGUUGGUUCAAUUAGUAAAUUAGAAUUAAAUGAUAAUAAAAUAUCAAAUAUUUUACCAUUAAGUAAUUUCUAUGGAUUGGAAAGAUUAUGGUUAGCAAAUAAUCAGAUUAAGUACUUUACUGAUUUUGAGAAAGUAUUUUCUAAAAUGUAUAAUUUAAAAGAUGUUAUGUUAAAUGGAAAUUCAAUUUGUGCAGAUGAUUCUUUUAAGAUGAAUAUAUCUACUGUAAUGCCAAUUUUUCAAACAGGAAUCACUGCAGAUAUUACAUUAAAUGGAGUAAAAAUGUCUAAAGAUGAACAAAAGAAAGUGUUAAUGAGAUUAUCAUCACGUUCAUAUUAUAUGCUUGAUGAAAUUCUUGAUGAUAAUGAAAUUCAAAAAGAAAAAGAGAUUGGAAAAAAACAACAAAAAGAAAUUGAAAUGGAAAAAAGAAGACUUAGAGAAAUGAAAGCUAACUUUAAAGCAGAAAAAGAAGUUAGACUUAAAAAAGAACUUGCUAUAUGUAAUUUUUAUCGUAAUUUCUUAUUUAUGAGUAGAAAGACUGGGUUUGAACAAAUGGAAGAAAGGCAACGUGGAGAAAAUUAUUUAAAUUAUGUUAAAACUUUAAUUGAACAAAGUAGAGUAAAACAAACAUUAAGUCCAUUAGAAAUAGAAAGUGAUGAAAGUGAUGAAGAAAGUGAUAUCGAAAUUCAAGCUAUUGAAGAAAAUGCAGAUGGAACUAUUCCAGUAUUUAGAAUUGACGUUAGCAAAUGGGUAGAACAAACAUAUUUUGAUAAGCAAAUACUUUCUAUGGUUAAUGUUAUGGAAAAUGCUAAACAACGUUCAUUUAAUUUUAAAUUAUUCUUUGAAGAAGAAACAAAUCGAAUGAGAAAAAUUACUAUUGAAAUUCCUUUAAGUAGAAAAGAAUUCCCUGGAUAUUUUAAAGACGUCAUUAAUCAUUUCGAUAAACAUAAAGCAAAUUUCCAACAAAAUGAUAGAAUGAAAGAAGAAAGAUGGAAAAGAGUAUUAAAAAAGAAAGAAGAAGAAAAUAAUCUUUUAGAAGAAGAAAAAAAGAAAGUCAAUACAUUUAAAGGUGUUAGAAGAGAAAUGAAUGAUGGACAUUUAGCACAACGUAUAGACGAUGCUCAAGUUAGAGUUAAAAAUCAAUUUAUUAAAUGUGAAGGUAACGCAUCAAGAUUACUUAUUCAAAGUGAUAAAAAUACACAAAGAGCAGUAUUGAAAGAAUUAGAAAAACCAAAAGAGAAAGGAAAUUUAACACAUCAUAGAAGUGAAUUAUUUAAUAAACCAGAAAAUGUUUCUUCUAUUGAAAGAAUGAUUGAUAAACAAAUUAAAGAAAUGAAAGGAAAAGAAAAUAAAGAAAGAGUAUUUUCUAUUGGUUUGUGUAAUGAUAAUGGAACUGAAGAAGCUAAAAAGAAUAUUUUAUUAUUAAUCAAUCAAUGUAAACCAUUUGAUAUUAAAGUUGAACGUCAAAAAAUUCAAAAUUCUCGUGGUACUGCUCAUAGGCCAAGUGCUUUAAUUGGUUAUUCAAUGUUACUAAAAGACCAAAAAGAUCCCGUUUAUGCUACUCGAGCUAAGGUUGAACAAGAAGAACCAAAUUUCUUUGGAGAAAAGAAAGAAAAAGAAGAGAUUGAUGUGACAAUGGUAAAAAUGUUUGGAGUAGAAUUUCCAUUAAAGGCAAUGAGAAAGAGAAGAGGUACAAUGAGAGAAAACAGAACUAUUCCAAGAAGAACAAUUGCUUCAAAAUUUAGAAUUGGAAGACAAGCCCAAAGUGCCUUCAUGAAAGUUACCAAACCAACACGUUCAAGAAAUGAACUUGUUGAUAGUGUAUUAGCUCGAGUCUCUGAAAAUAAAGAAGGGUCUGAAAGUAAAACAAGGAUUGUUGUUGGUCGUCAAAGAAGACCAACAGAAGAAAGUAUUAAACCAAUUAUUGAUGACGGAACAUUACCUCCUGUACCUCCUAAGCCAAGAAGCGGAUUAAUGAAUGAAAGUGCCCCAAGUUCUGAAGAUAACGAAGAUAGUCCAGUUAAAAGAAGACCUGUUAUUGGUAUGACUCAACGAGGGCAAAGGAAUAGUCCCCUUGCUAUUCCUCCAGAACAAACAUUACAAAACGUCCCUGCUGUACCCAGUAAACCAUCUAGACUUCUUGGUACUGUUCAGCCUGAAGAAGUUAGUGAUAUACCACCACCUGUCCCAUCUAAACCACCUAGGUUAGAACAAAAUGAACUUCCAAAAGAACCAGAAGAAGAUAAAAAAGCAAUCAAAGAAGAAGACAAAAAAGCAAUCAAAGAAGAAGACAAAAAAGCAAUCAAAGAAGAAGAAAAAAGACAAAAAGAAGAGGAGAAACGACAAAAAGAGGAAGAGAAACGACAAAAAGAGGAAGAGAAACGACAAAAAGAAGAAGAAAAGAGAUUGAGAGAAGAAGAAAAGAGACAGAAAGAAGAAGAAGAAAAAAGACAAAAAGAGGAAGAGAAGAGACUAAGAGAAGAGGAAAAAUUAAAGAAAAAGCUUGAAGAAGAUGAACGCAAGAAAAUGAAAGAAGAAAUGAAGAAGGCCCAAAAAGAAGAAGAGCGACUCAAAAAAGAAGAAAAGAAACAAGAAAAGAAAAAUAAAAAGACCGAAGACACUAACAACAAUGAAAGUGAAGAAGAAGUUAUUCCUGGUGUUCCCUCUCAAAACUUCCCAACCCCUGCUGCUGUGGCUAAUCCUGUUGAUGGAGAAUUUAGUAGUAAAGGAAUCGUAACUCCUAAAGAGAUUUCAUUAGAUUUGAAUCAAUUAGAUUUUGUAAAACAACCAGUUCAUCAAGAUGAAGAAGACGAUGAAAUACCAACACAACCAAUUACAAGAAAAAUGGGUAAUCUUCUUGGAACCAGACAGCCUAAGAAAGAGACUCUUCCACAAGAAGAACCAGAAGGAGAUGAAGAACCAAUUGAACCUGCAUUUGCACAUCGAGGAUUCCAAAUGGGAGUUAGAAAACCACAUGCAGUACAACAAAUUCCUGUCAAUAUUUCAUCAUACACUCCAGAUCAAUACCAAGAAGAAACACCAGAAGCUACUACUACAACUGAAGAAACCAAUGAAGCACCACCAGUUCCAGCACCAAGGAGGGGAUUAAUGCUUGGCAGAAGAAGUAUAAACGAAACAAGCAGCGAAGAACCAAGUCAAGAAGAAUUACCACCACCAGUACCAGAAAAAACAUACAUAGAACAAGAAGAGAUUUGCGAAGCACCACCAGUUCCAGCACCUAGGAGAGGAUUAACUCUUGGAAGAAAAUCUGUUACAAAUAUUCCCAGUGAAGAGCACCAACAAGAACAACCAAUCCCACCACCUCCUCCAGAAAGAGUCUACAAGGAGACACAACAGACUAAUACUGAACAAGAAGAUGAGUUAAAUGAAGUACCACCAGUUCCAGCACCAAGAAAUGGAUUGGCUCAUGUCAGACAAAGUACUGUAGAAGAACAGCCCAAACAAAAAGAGCCAUCCCCUCAGCCAUCGGUUACAGAGCCACCUGUACCAGCUGCUGUGGCCAAUCCAAUAGACAAUGCCUCAACUGGUCCAAUUAUCACUCCUAAAGAGAUUUCAUUAGAUUUGAAUCAAUUAGAUUUUGUAAAACAACCAGUUCAUCAAGAUGAAGAAGACGAUGAAAUACCAACACAACCAAUUACAAGAAAAAUGGGUAAUCUUCUUGGAACCAGACAGCCUAAGAAAGAGGUCCGUCAACAAGAAGAACCAGAAGGAGAUGAAGAACCAAUUGAACCUGCAUUUGCACAUCGAGGAUUCCAAAUGGGAGUUAGAAAACCACAUGCAGUACAACAAAUUCCUGUCAAUAUUUCAUCAUACACUCCAGAUCAAUACCAAGAAGAAACACCAGAAGCUACUACUACAACUGAAGAAACCAAUGAAGCACCACCAGUUCCAGCACCAAGGAGGGGAUUAAUGCUUGGCAGAAGAAGUGUACAACAAACAACAAGUUCAGAAGAAGGUUUUGUUGAUAACCAAUAUUCUAAUGCCUCUGAACAAACAGACGAACAAGAAGAGAUUUGCGAAGCACCACCAGUUCCAGCACCUAGGAGAGGGUUAGUGUUGGGUAGACGUUCAUCAAGUAUUUCAAGUGAAGAACAUUCAUUUGGACAAGGUUAUGAAAAAACUAAUGAAGAGCAAUAUCCAAAUACUGAAGGAGCCAUUCAACAAGAAGUUCCUGAACAGUUUCAAGAAGAACAACCAGCAGAACAAAAUCAACAACCCCAAAGACAAGGAAGAAUAAGUAUUGGAAGGAAAGGAGGGAGAAACUCAUUCAGUCGAAGAGGUAGAGGAUAA